AUGGCAGACGCCGGCAAGAAAAUGAGCCGCCAGCAGCGGCGGCAGAUGAGCAAGCAGGCGCGCGAGCAGGAGCGUCUCGAUUCGAUCCGUGCGGAGGUGGAGCGGGAGAACCUCGAGAACCCGCCCGUGGACCAGGGCGCCGUGGAAAGCGAGGCCAUGCAGCGCCUCUGCCACGAGCUCCAUGUGGAACUGCACGAAAUCACACCGGAUGGACACUGUCUGUACAAUGCCAUUGCCGACCAGAUGAACAUGAGAUACCCUGCGCCGGAGCUGUACACGUAUGCCAAUCUGCGCAAGGCGGCAGCCAACUAUAUGCGGCAGCACGCGGACGAAUUUAUGCCGUUUAUCUCUGACUACGACGAGCAGGCCGCUGGCGUGCCUGGGGAGAGCGGCAGCGGCUCUGCUGCUGAUCCCAGGAGCAAGUACCUUGCAUACUGCGACGCCAUGGAGACAACCGCCGCGUGGGGCGGCCAGCCUGAGAUCCUUGCGCUGUCCAAGGUCCUGUACACGCCCAUUCACAUCGUGCAGGCCGGCAUGCCUGUGGUCAAGAUUGGCGACGACGAGUUCCGCGAGCGCGCGCCCCUGCUCAUCUCCUACCACAUCAAAAUGUAUGGUCUCGGAGAGGUAUGUACGCGGUUCUAA